AACAAACUCUGCUCAACAGUCAAAACCCUAAACCCUUCUGCUUCCUCUAACGGCAGCCAUGGCGAAAACGGACACCAAAACCAGCAAUAAGAAGUCGAAAAAGAAGAAGAAUGCCGGCCCAAAAACAGUGGCCAUGAAGAACAAAGCAUCGAACGAAAAUCCAUUUGAAAAUUGGUCUCGACGCAAAUUCGACAUCCUUGGUAAGCGAAAGGGCGAAGAGGUUCGUAUCGGUCUUCGGUCUCUUGCCAUCCAGAAGGGACAAACGUUGCUCAAAGAGUACGAACAGAGUGGCAAGUCAUCCGUGUUUGUGGAUAAACGAAUUGGUGAGCGAAACGAUGAGUUGGGAGAGUUUGAUAAGGCCAUUAUGCGGUCUCAGCGCCAGCGUCAGUUGAAAUUGAGCAAGAAGAACAAGUACAACUUAUCUGAUGAAGAAGAGGAUGAGCUUGAAAUUUCUGGGUUUGGGCCAUUUUCAGAAAGAGAUGAUUUUGAGGAUGAAAUGAUAUCUGAUGAUGAUAACGAUGAUGAUGGUGAUGGUGAAAACAAGAGUAUUCGCCAUUUUGAGAAGGAUAUGAUAUUUUUGUUGCAGAAGCAUAAAAGCAAGAAGGAAAUCAUGGAGGAGGUUAUUUUAAAGAGCAAAUAUUUCAAGGCACAAAAAGCAAAACAUAAGGAAGAAAAUGAACAGUUGAUGGAAGAAUUGGAUAAAAAUUUCUCGUCUUUAGUGCAAUCUCAAGUGCUAUUGUCAAUGACUGAACCUAGUAAGAUGAAUGCUUUGAAGGCUCUGGUCAGUAAGGACAUUCCUAAUGAACAUGCGAAGUUGGAUGGUCAAAAAAUAGACACGUUAAAUCAGGAACAACCUGAUUCUUAUGACAAACUUGUGAAAGAGAUGGCAUUGGACAUGCGUGCACGACCUUCAGACAGGACAAAGACAGAUGAAGAAAUUGCCCAAGAGGAGAGAGAACGACUGGAGCGAUUGGAGGAAGAGCGUCGGAAGAGGAUGCUUGCAACUGAUGACACUAGUGAUGAAGACAAUGAAGCUGAUGAGAAACUGUCUGCCCAGAGGCCUAAAUCAAUGUCCGGGGAUGAUCUUGGUGAUUCUUUCUCGCUUGAAGAGCCUAAGGCUAAAAGGGGCUGGGUAGAUGAGGUUCUUGAAAGAAAGGAUACGACCGAGAUUGAAGAUGAUGAUUCCUCUGAGGAUUCAGAUGAUGCUGAGUCUGAUGGUGUUGAUGAAGGAUUCAAUGAAGAUAGUGAUGCAAGUGAAAAGACUCUAACUUUGAAGGACUGGGAACAAAGUGAUGAUGAUGAUCUUGAAAGAGAUUUGGAGGAGGAAGAAGAGGAAGAACUAGAGUUAGAUGAGGAAAAUGAUGACAGUGAUGAUGAUGAGGAAGAGAUAGAGCCAAGAGGCAAGAAAAAGUCGAGGGGCAACGCUCAUGGGGAAAUUAGGAAAAGUGAUAAGGAAUCUCUAGAUAUAAAGAAAAUGAAAGUGAAUCAUACUAAACUUUCAGGUCAACCAGAUAUUCCUUAUAUAAUUGAAGCUCCAAAGAGCUUGGAUGAAUUUUUUGCAUUACUGGAUAAUUGUUCUAAUGCUGACAAGAUUUUGGUUAUCAAUCGAAUUCAGGCAAGCAAUGCAAUUAAAUUGGCUGCAGAAAAUCGGAAGAAAAUGCAGGUAUUUUAUGGUGUGCUAUUGCAGUACUUUGCUGUAUUGCCAAACAAAAAAGCCCUCAAUUUCGAGUUGCUAAAUUUGCUGGUCAAGCCACUGAUGGAGAUGAGUGUAGAAAUCCCAUACUUUGCUGCAAUAUGUGCUCGUCAGCGAAUCUUACGGACUCGAACACAAUUUUGUGAUGCUAUCAAAAACCCAGAAAAUAGCUGCUGUCCUUCUUUGAAAACAUUAAUUCUUUUGAGGCUGUGGUCCAUGAUUUUCCCAUGUUCUGACUUCCGUCAUGUUGUAAUGACUCCAGCAAUAUUAUUGAUGUGUGAAUAUCUCAUGCGUUGUCCUAUUGUGUCAGGCCGGGAUAUCGCUGUGGGUUCGUUCUUAUGUUCCAUGAUUCUCAAUGUUAGUAGACAAUCUAAGAAGUUCUGCCCGGAGGUGAUAAUAUUUCUCCGAACUGUGCUGAUGGCAGCUACUGACAGAAAACUAACAUCACAUCAGGAGUCUGAGUUUUAUCAUCUUAUGGAUCUAAAAGCUCUCAGGCCCCUGCUGUGUAUAAGGGAUUGUGUAGAUGAUGUUAGUCCUAUGAAUUUCCUCAUAAUAAUGGACAUGCCGGAGGACUCUUCUUUUUUCAGCUCUGACAACUUUAGGGCUAGUGUGUUGUUGACUGUGAUUGAAACCCUUCGAGGAUUUGUCGACGUUUAUGAAGGAUUGAGUUCCUUUCCGGAAAUCUUCUUGCCAAUUGCUAUAUUGUUACAUGAAGUAGCACAAGUAGAUAACAUGCCGUCUACAUUGCAAGAAAAAAUUGAAGAUGUUUCUCUACUUAUUAAGAAAAAGGCUGAUGAACAUAGCAUGUUGCGGCGACCAUUGCAAAUGCGGAAGAAGAAGCCAGUGCCCAUCAAAUUACUAAAUCCGAAAUUUGAGGAGAACUUUGUUAAGGGCAGAGAUUAUGAUCCAGAUCGUGAACGGGUUGAGACAAGAAAGUUGAAAAAACUUGUUAAACGGGAAGCUAAAGGUGCGGCUCGUGAAUUGCGUAAAGACAAUUAUUUCUUAUCUCAGGUAAAGGAAAGAGAGAAGGCAAAGUUGGAGGAAGAAAGAAAUGAGAAGUAUGGAAAGGCAAGAGCCUUUCUCCAAGAACAAGAACAUGCUUUCAAAUCUGGGCAAUUGGGUAGAGGCAGGAAGAGAAGGAAAUGAAGGUCUCAUCUGUAGUUUGUAUUGCUUGCGUGCUCCUCUCUUAGCAUUUUUCCUGAAUUGUCAGUUGAUUUUGGGAUAUAUUGUAUUAUUGAUUCACUUGCCUGGGUAUAUUUUGAGGCUGCCAUCGUACUCAAAGUAGAGUACUUGAGGCUAGCUGUAUAGAAA